AUGCUCGACCCCUUGCAACUUGUUGCACUUGAUUCACCAUCGAGUGAUUCCGGUGGUUUUCGUGAACGCAGAUCAUCACCCCAGGCAGUCGCAAUGGCCACCCUAUCCUUGCGUAUCUCCAUCCCGGAGAAAAACGCCACGAAGAUGAUGCAAUUCGACCCGAGCACAUCCAUUUACGACGCUUGCCGUAUUAUCAGAGAGAAACUCGCUGAAGCGAGUAACAUGGGCCAACCGAAGGACUACGGAUUAUUCCUUGCCGACGAGGACGUGAAGAAGGGAGUUUGGCUGGAGCCAGGCCGGAAUCUCGAUUAUUACAUUCUGAGGAACGGCGAUCUGCUCGAGUACCGGCGUAAACUGCGGACCCUUCGAGUGCGCAUGUUGGAUGGAACGUUGAAGACGUUGUUGGUGGACGACAGUCAGCCCGUCGCCAAUCUCAUGGUAGUAAUUUGUACGAAGAUAGGCAUCACGAACCACGAUGAGUACUCGUUGGUACGCGAGCUGGCCGAUGAGGAGACCGAGAACCAGAAGCCCGGCAAUUUCGGCACCCUCACGCUCAAGAGGAGGAAAGAGGAGAAAGGCGAGCGGGAUGCGAAGAUGGAUCAGUUAAGGAAGAAGCUUAAGACCGACGACGAAGUGAAUUGGAUAGAUCCAAGUAAGACGUUACGAGAGCAAGGGAUAGACGAGUCAGAAACAGUGUUGCUGCGGAGAAAAUUCUUCUUUUCGGAUCAGAAUAUCGACAGCCGAGAUCCGGUGCAAUUAUCUCUUUUGUACGUUCAAGCAAGAGACGCAAUUCUAGAUGGCACGCAUCCGGUUACUCAGGAAAAAGCUUGUAUUUUCGCUGGAAUACAAUGCCAGAUCCAGUUCGGUGAUCACAAGGAAGACAAGCACAAGCCAGGCUUUCUCGACCUCAAGGAAUUUUUACCACAAUCAUAUUUGAAGGUGAAGGGUAUCGAGAAGAAGAUUUUCGCGGAGCACAAAAAACACAUCGGCCUCUCCGAGCUCGAUGCUAAAGUGUUGUAUACGAGAACAGCGAGAUCGUUGAGCACCUACGGCGUCACGUUCUUCUUAGUGAAAGAGAAAAUGAAGGGGAAAAAUAAAUUGGUGCCACGUUUGCUCGGUGUCACUAAGGAUUCCGUCUUGCGACUCGACGAAAAAACGAAAGAAAUCUUGAAAACAUGGCCGUUGACUACCGUUCGACGUUGGGGAGCCUCUCCAAACACAUUCACACUCGACUUUGGCGAUUAUUCAGAUCAAUACUACAGCGUGCAAACCACAGAAGCAGAACAGAUACUUCAGCUAAUCUCUGGUUACAUCGACAUCAUUCUCAAGAAGCAAAAAGCUAAAGAUCACUUUGGUAUCGAGGGAGAUGAAGGUUCAACCAUGGUUGAAGACAGUGUAUCGCCUUUGAAAGCAACGAUUAUGCAACACGAAACGAGUAAUGCUGGCAAAGGAAACGUGGAAGCUGUGUCAGUUGCCAUACCUGCAGUCAUGAGAACCGGUGUAGACGACUCUCAUUCCUGUGAUUCAUAUAAAUGGCUAGACAAGAACAACUUGACUCUAAAUAAUGAAAGUUUAUCGGGAAUUCAAAAUAUUAAAAAUGCAAGAGUGAUCGAAUCCUCCAUUGUUAGGGCUCGACCGUAUGGGACUGGGCACAUGGGCAGUGCUCAAUACACGACUGUCAGCGGCCAGGUGAACAUCGCUCACGCUCCACCGAUGGUGCAACAAACAAAGGUCACAUCCGUCCUGUCCGAACCACAACGUGCCUUAUUGUCGACCAUAACCGCUGGCCACGAGGUGAUCCACAUCGCCGAGACCGAGUUGUCCUCGAAGGCCCAACUUCCCGAACUGGCCAUCACCACGAUCGCCACCAAUCUGCCGGAGAUGACCAAGGGCGUGAGAAUGAUCGCCGCCCUGAUGGACGACGAGUCCUCGGGGGAUAAAUUGCUGGAUGCCGCAAGAAAGCUGUGCUCGGCAUUUUCCGACUUGCUCAAGGCCACCGAGCCAGAAACCAAAGAGCCAAGGCAGAAUCUGUUGAACGCCGCUUCUCGCGUGGGUGAGGCUUCGCACCAGGUGCUAACGACUAUAGGUGAAGAGAACGACUCGAAUCGAGAACUUCAAGAUAUGCUAUUAGCCUUGGCUAAAGCUGUGGCCAACUCGACUGCCGCUUUGGUCCUCAAAGCAAAGAAUAUCGCAGCCACCUGCGAGGAUUCUGCGACUCAAAAUCGCGUAAUUUCAGCAGCUACGCAAUGUGCUCUCGCUACAUCUCAAUUAGUCGCCUGUGCAAAGGUCGUGGCGCCAACUUUGCACUCUCCUGCUUGUCAGACGCAGCUGAUGAACGCGGUCCGUGAAGUGACGAAGGCAGUGGAAGGUUUGUUGGAAGUGUGCAAUGAGACCUGUAAUGACGAAAACCUGUUGAAAGAGUUGAACAUCGCUGCCAGUGAAGUGAGCAGAACGUUGAACGAUUUGUUGAGUCAUAUUAAGACAGCCACCAGAGGAGAGCGGGCUAAGGAAUCUAUUCAAGAGGGAGCGGUGGAGACAAUACUGAUAGCCACUGAUAAACUGUUUGCUAGCACCGGGGAUGCUGGUGAGAUGGUGAGACAAGCAAGAGUUGUUGGCCAAGCAACGGCACAAUUGAUCCAAAGCAUAAAGGGCGAGGCAGAGAGGCAGACCGAUUCGGAACAGCAACGCAGAUUGUUGGCUGCUGCUAAGGUGCUCGCUGAUGCCACAGCCAAAAUGGUGGAGGCUGCCAGACAAUGUGCCAGCAGUCCACACGAUGCUAAGAUGCAGGAUCAAUUGCGGCAAGCUGCCGAAGAAUUGAGAGCAGCUACCACUGCCGCUGCUACUCCUGCUUUGAGAAGGAAAUUGAUUAAUAGAUUAGAAGCUUGCGCCAAACAGGCUGCCGCCACUGCUACACAAUGCAUUGCUGCUUCAACGGGUGCUGCUCAUCACAACACAAACCAAAGUAGUCAAGAGGAAUUGAACGCAGAGUGUCAUACCAUGGCGCAACAUAUACCAAGUCUUGUAGCCGGUGUGAAAGGAACGCAGGCUCAACCGGAUAACUCCACGGCACAGUUGAAUCUGAUUAAUGCUUCUGAACAGUUCUUACAACCUGGUACUGCCGUGGUAAAAGCUGCCAGGGCGGUAUUGCCAACUGUUACUGAUCAGGCUUCUGCUCUCCAAUUGAACAAUACUUCUCAGCAAUUGGGCGCUUCUCUCUCAGAUUUGAGGUCUGCUGUGACGCGUGCAAGGGAAGCUUGCGGUGGACUGGAAUUAGAUGCAGCCGAAGAAUUGAUAAACAGCUUGAAAGACGAAUUGAGAGAGUUUUAUAGAGCCGUAGAGGCUGCUUCCCUGAGACCAUUACCUGAUGAGACCACGGAAUCCACUGCUCUUCGCUUGGGAGCCACGUCGAAGAAUGUAGGUUUCGCCAUGGCUCAGCUGCUCUCUGCUGCUAAACAAGGAAAUGAAAAUUACACGGGAAGUGCGGCUAGAGAAACAGCAACUGCUCUUAAAGACUUGACUUAUGCAGUUCGUGGAGUGGCUGCAACUUCGAAUCAACCUGAUACGCAAAAGAAAGUUUUAAUGACCGCUGAUGAUGUAAUCUUGAAGUCGUUGAGACUGGUCAAAGAGGCUAGAAGAGCUCUAAAGAAUCCUGAUAAUGUAGACAAUGAAGCUAAUCUAGCUGCUGUUGCUAAAGAUGUGUCAAAUUCGUUGAACAAAUGCGUAUCUUGCUUGCCUGGACAAAGAGACGUAGAUGAUGCUAUCAAGAAUAUCGACGAAAUGACUCAAGUUCUAGGCAUGAACGAAUUUCCUCAAACUAACAAGAGUUAUGGGCAACUGCAAAGUGAUCUUAAUAACGCAGCUGCGAAUCUAAACGAUGCUUCAUCGAACGUAGUAUCAUCGGUACGUUCCCCGGUGCAACUAGCUAGUUCUUCCAAGCAAUUCACCAAUGCUUUUGGAGAUUUGUUGGGUGUUGGCAUGGAAAUGGCCGGUCAAACAGCCAUCGAAACUCGAACUCAAAUGGUGGUCUCACUGAAGAACGUCAGCAUGACAUCCAGCAAGCUUUUGGUAACUGCUAAAUCUGUAGCAGCUGACCCGAGUGCUCCAAACGCCAAGAACCAAUUAUCAGCUGCUGCACGAGCGGUAACAGAUUCCAUCAAUUAUCUAGUUGACGUUUGCACUUCAGCUGCACCUGGACAAAACGAAUGCGACAACGCCAUCAGAAACAUACAAUCGAUGAGGUCGCUUCUUGAUAAUCCUAGUGAACCAAUAUCCGACGCAAGUUACUUCGAAUGCCUUGAAACUGUAAUGGAGAAGAGCAAGAGUCUUGGCGAUGGUAUGACAGGCAUAGCUAACCAUGCAAAGAAAUCAGAACACGAGCAAUUCUCAGUAGCCGUUAGAGGAGUGUCAUCUUCGAUCUGUGGUCUGAUAGAAGCAGCUGCCCAAGCUGCAUACUUAGCUGGUGUAAGCGAUCCAACAUCAGUGGCUGGAAAACCUGGCUUGGUGGACCAAGCUCAAUUCCUCAGAGCUGCUCAGGCUAUUCAUACUGGUUGUCAGAGUCUUGGCAAUCCUACCAGCACCGAGCAACAAGUUCUUUCAGCAGCUACCAUGAUUGCCAAGUACACUAGCGCUCUUUGCAACGCUUGUCGCGAAGCUUCGAACAAAACCAGCAAUCCUGUUGCCAAACGGCACUUCGUUCAAUCGGCCAAGGAUGUUGCCAAUUCCACAUCAGCUCUGGUGAAGGAGAUCAAAGCGUUGGAUCAGAAUUAUUCCGAAGCUAACAGAGAGAGGUGUGCUGAGGCUACCAAGCCUCUUCUAGAAGCGGUCGACAAUCUGUGCACUUUUGCCGGAUCUCCAGAAUUCGCCAGCCAACCUGCAAAGAUAUCCAUAGCAGCUAGAGCUGCCCAGGAACCAAUAACAAGCGCGGGUAAAGCUAUCAUCGACGGUUCUUGCGCGAUGGUGCGAGCUGCUAAGAGUCUAGCUGUCAGUCCUAAAGAUCCCCCAACUUGGCAAUUAUUGGCAAAUCAUAGCAAGAGUGUCAGCGAUUCGAUCAAGUCUCUAGUUGCCUCCAUCCGCGACAAGGCACCUGGACAAAAGGAAUGCGAUGCUGCGAUCGAAAAAUUGUCGGCCAGGAUCCGAGAACUGGAUGCCGCAUCGCUCAGCGCUGUUUCGCAGGCAUUGAUUCCACGAAGAGAGAACACGGUGCAAGGAUUUACCGAUCAAAUGGAGAGCAGCGCCAGCGAGUUACGAGAAAAACUGGAACCUCUUCGAACAGCCGCUAAAUACGAAGCUGAAAACGUGGGACACGCUGUCAACCAGAUCGCUUUGUAUUGCGAACCCUUGGUUUCCGGUGCUAUCGGUGCUGCUUCAAACAUGGUGCAUUCGAAACAACAGAUGGUGCUACUAGAUCAAACGAAAACCGUUACCGAAUCUGCUCUGCAACUUGUCUGUGUGACAAAGGAGUCUGGUGGUAAUUCAAAGGCAAUCGUUUUGCACACGGAAGUAGACGAAACGGUGGAAUCCAUGAAAGACGCACUGCAAGAAUUGCAAAAUACUUUGGAAACUAUCUCAACAUCAAAUGGUAUUGUUACCGGGUUGAUCGAUACCAUUUCUCGUGCCAUGGUUAGGUUGGAGGAUCAUAGGAUGUCCACGAUAGACACUGUGGAUUCGUAUGUGGAUUAUCAAACAAGAAUGGUGGAGGCUGCUAAAGAAAUUGCUCGGCUGGCACAGGAAAUGUCAACAAAAUCCAGCACCGACGUAGGCAGAUUAGGCCCUCUUGCAGUGGACAUCUCCCACAAAUACACUCAGCUAGCCCGCGAUACGUCCGGCGCCUCAGCAGCUGCAUCUAACGCUGACGUGUCUGCAAGACUUCGUACAGGCGUGCAAGAGCUCGGCAGAGCUUGCGUGGACAUCGUUCGAGCAACAGGCACGUGUCAGAUGUCACCAGGCGAUGCCUAUGCCCAAAGAGAAAUUGCAGAGCACAGCAAGAUCGUCACUGAGAAGGUGUCCCAGGUGUUGGCCGCCUUGCAGGCCGGUUCCAGAGGUACUCAGGCGUGCAUCAAUGCUGCGAGCACAGUGUCAGGUAUUAUAGGCGACCUGGACACCACGAUCAUGUUCGCUACUGCUGGAACCUUGCACGCUGAAAACGAAGGCGACACUUUUGCCGAUCAUCGAGAGAACAUCUUGAAAACGGCCAAGGCUCUGGUAGAAGAUACCAAAACGCUAGUAGCUGGUGCAGCCUCGUCUCAAGAGCAAUUGGCAGUCGCGGCGCAAAAUGCAGUCUCAACGAUAGUUCAGCUUGCUGAGGUUGUUAAAUAUGGUGCUGCUAGUUUGGGUAGCCAGAAUCCUGAAGCUCAAGUAAUGCUGAUCAAUGCGGUGAAGGAUGUGGCCUCUGCUCUUGGAGAUCUGAUACACGCUACCAAAGCAGCCAGCGGAAAACCUAUCAACGAUCCCAGUAUGGCGCAUUUAAAAGACUCAGCCAAGGUGUUAGAACAGCAGCUACACCAGCAGCUGAUGCCUCUGAGUGACGUCGGCGGCUCGGAGUCCGAAUGGUUCGUCUCUGAUCAAGAAGAGGAGCUGAUACGUCUGCUCUCGGCCUCAGAGAGCGAACAACCGUCUCAGCGAACUUCCGAUUUGCUGUUGCUCAUGUAG